GUAUAUGUAUCAUGUUUUGACCAAAAAUACCACAGUAACGGAUCAUAACCGGAAUCUAUUAGUAGAGACUAUUCGUUCCAUAACUGAGAUCCUUAUAUGGGGUGAUCAGAAUGACAGUUCAGUAUUUGACUUUUUCUUGGAGAAGAACAUGUUUGUUUUCUUCCUAAACAUACUGCGUCAGAAAUCUGGUCGUUAUGUGUGUGUGCAGCUGCUGCAGACCUUGAACAUCCUCUUUGAGAAUAUUAGUCAUGAAACCUCACUCUAUUAUCUGCUCUCCAAUAACUAUGUCAAUUCCAUCAUCGUACACAAAUUUGACUUUUCUGAUGAGGAGAUCAUGGCUUAUUAUAUAUCAUUUUUGAAAACUCUUUCUCUAAAACUCAACAAUCACACUGUACAUUUUUUUUACAAUGAGCACACUAAUGAUUUUGCCCUGUAUACAGAGGCCAUUAAAUUUUUUAACCAUCCAGAAAGCAUGGUUAGAAUUGCUGUCAGAACUAUAACUUUAAAUGUCUACAAAGUGUCAUUGGACAACCAGCCUAUGCUGCAUUACAUUCGAGAUAAAACUGCUGUCCCUUACUUCUCCAACCUUGUUUGGUUUAUUGGAAGCCAUGUUAUAGAACUGGAUAACUGUGUGCAGACUGAUGAAGAGCACAGAAAUAGGGGUAAACUGAGUGACUUGGUAGCUGAACAUCUUGAUCAUUUGCAUUACCUUAAUGAUAUCCUUAUUAUUAAUUGUGAAUUCUUAAAUGAUGUGCUCACAGACCACUUACUUAAUAGACUCUUCCUGCCUCUGUAUGUGUAUUCAUUAGUAAAUCAAGAUAAGGGUGGGGAGCGUCCAAAAAUAAGUCUCCAAGUUUCUCUCUAUCUUCUAUCGCAAGUCUUUCUUAUUAUACAUUAUGCACCUCUGGUGAACUCACUCGCUGAGGUUAUUCUUAAUGGGGACCUUUCAGUGUUCUCUCCUAAAGUUGAACAAGAUAUCCAGAAAAGUUCUGCAAAGUCAAGCAUCAGAUGCUUCAUAAAACCUACAGAGACACUUGAAAGAUCUCUUGAAAUUAACAAGCAGAAGGGUAAGAAGAAGUUGCAAAAGAGACCCAACUAUAAAAAUGUUGGUGAAGAAGAGGAAGAGGAGAGAGGACCUGAGGAUACCCAAGAUGACCCAGAUAAGACUAAGGGUACAGAAGGUAGUUCAAAAGGGAUGAAGACAAGUGGGGAAAAUGAAGAAAUAGAAAUGGUAAUCAUGGAGAGAUGCAAGAUGUCUGAAUUGUCUAUUUCUGCUGUGACAGAGCAGAACACGACAGAUGAAGAAAAAAGUGCAGCUGCCUCUGGAAGUGAAAUGACCAAUUGGAACAGGCCUUUUCUUGACAUGGUAUAUAAUGCACUGGACUGUACUGAAGAUGACUACUAUGCCCUCUUUGUACUUUGUCUCCUCUAUGCAAUGUCUCACAAUAAAGGAAUUGACCCAAUGAAACUGGAGAGAAUUCAGCUUCCAACAGAGCAUGCUGAAGAGAGAAACUCGUACAACCAUGUGCUUGCAGAAAGGCUCAUCAGGAUAAUGAAUUAUGCUGCUCAACCAGAUGGAAAAAUCCGUUUGGCAACAUUAGAACUUGGCUGUCUGUUACUUAAGCAGCUGGUAUUAUCUAAAAGUGGCAGUAUUAUAAAAGAUGUUCAUCUUGCUUGCCUUGAGGGGGCCAGAGAAGAAAGCGUUCAUCUCCUUCGGCGUUUCUAUAAGGGAGAAGAAAUUUUUCUAGAUAUGUUUGAAGAUGAGUACCGGAGUAUGACAAUUAAACCCAUGAAUGUAGAGUACCUGAUGAUGGAUGCCUCCAUUCUACUGCCUCCAACGGGGACACCACUAACUGGUAUUGAUUUUGUGAAAAGAUUGCCAUGUGGAGAUGUGGAAAGAACACGAAGAGCGAUCAGAGUUUUCUUCAUGCUGCGUUCAUUGUCACUGCAUCUGAGAGAUGAACCAGAAACACAGUUACCACUGACAAGGGAGGAAGAUCUAAUAAAAACAGAUGAUGUUCUGGACUUGAAUAACAGUGAUCUAAUUGCUUGUACAGUGAUUACAAAAGAUGGAGGUCAGGUUCAGAGGUUUCUGGCAGUGGAUAUUUACCAGAUGAGCUUGGUUGAGCCUGAUGUUGCCAGACUUGGCUGGGGAGUAGUUAAAUUUGCAGGCCUUUUGCAGGAUAUGCAGGUAACAGGAGUAGAAGAUGACAGUAGGGCUCUAAACAUAAUAAUUCACAAACCUGCAUCUAGCCCCCACUCUAAACCCUUUCCCAUCCUCCAAGCCACGUUUAUUUUUUCGGAUCAUAUUCGCUGCAUCAUUGCAAAGCAGCGUCUUGCAAAGGGCCGCAUCCAAGCUCGUCGUAUGAAAAUGCAGAGAAUAGCAGCUCUUCUGGAUCUUCCUGUCCAGCCUUCAAAUGAGGUGAUGGGUUUUGGACAUAGCUCUGCAUCUACAUCCCAGCACCUACCGUUUAGAUUCUAUGACCAGUCACGACGUGGCAGCAAUGACCCUACUGUACAGCGUUCAGUUUUUGCAUCUGUUGACAAAGUCCCAGGUUUUGCUGUGGCCCAGUGUAUAAACCAGCAUAAUCCAUCUCCACUUUCAUCACCAUCUCCUUCCAGUGGCAGUGGGAGUACUGGACGGUGUGAUUCAAUUACAGCCAGCUCCACUUCCACUCCCUCUGCAGCACAGAGUCCAUCAGGUCUGGCAGGAAAGGACGACGGCGGGUGUUUAGUCUGUCGGAGGCUGACAGUCACGGUGGACACUGGGUUUAGGUCUUCAAGCAGCAGCUGCAACCGCAACUCACGCAAUAUCAAUUCAGAUGACUCUUCAGCUCCUGAGCAGCCUCAGAUGAACUUCUCCAGUCAGGUGAUGUUGGUUCAGGAAACCCUUUCAUCUGUCUCGCAAUUUGGAAAAAACCCUGUAAAGACCAGUGAAGUAGAAACAGCAAACUUGUCCCCUAGCCUGAUUCCUGCCCAACAGCCCACCAUAUCACUAAUCUCAGAUGACAAUACAGAUGCACUGAGCGUAGAGUCACUUACACUGGUCCCACCAGUUGACCCACACAGCAUUCAUACUUUCAGCUGCAUUCCUCAGUCUUCUUUGCAGUCAGAAGUUUGCAGAGUGACAGAGUUAGAAGAGUGCUCUGACCAGAGUCAACCAGCAGACCAUGAUGAGCAGUGAAGAGAAGGCAACUGAUAUUUUUCUUUGGCAGGGCUGAUGAAACUUAGCAAGCCUCAAAGACGACAUGAUCCACAAGUAGAGGCCCUCUGAUAAAUAGCUCUAAAUUUAAAGUAUGGGCAGCUUUUUAAAAUAAAUAUUCAGCAUUUUUAAGUUGAAAGAAAUCUGGUUAGAUUUCCUGGCAUGAUACUUCCUGUUCUUAUAUAAAAGCAAGAGAAACUGACUAUGAAAGGUACUUCAGAAGUAUCUAGUUUCUUCAUACUACAUGAACCAUGUUAUCUGCAGAAUCUGUACUGUAUUAUACUGAAGUGAAGAAACCUCAUUAGGAUGCCUUGGCUUCAUGAUAUUUUAUCACUGCUUCUCUGAAAACAGGCACGGUAUUUCUAGAAAAAAAAAUAUAGUACAAGAGAUGCUGUUUCUAUUUGAGACACGUUUUCUAAAUUGUUGUUCUCCAGCUUUUGAAAGUUUGGCACGGGCUGUAUUAAAAAAAGCAGACUUGGCUAUUUUCAGUAUUGUAUUCAUAAGAUUGUAAACUUUAUUAUUGUGUCCGCUGUGUAUAUUAUUUAUUUCAGUGUCUGAGUCACAACAAGAUCCAUAUCUAUCAAAGAUAUUUUUAAUUAAGCAUAACUCUGAUGUUUGGCAUAACAAUUAAAAGGCUUAUUCAGGUUAAUAAAAGGGAUUUUUGAGUAGUCUCAUGUACUUUGUUGGAGAAUUAUCUAUACGGGAAUGUGAAAUAUUUUAAAAUGCAGAAUUUCUACAGUAUAAAUGAUUGCUUUAGUUUUUGUUCUCUUCUGACAGUCAAAUUGCAACACAUCUGAGGUAUGAUGAAAUCACUUGUGAGAAGAAAUAAGAGCUUUUAUUUAAUUCUACGUAUGAUUUUUUUCUAAGUUUCCAUCUCCAGUGCAACAGGAAAGCACCUUGUACAACAAACUAUACUUACUUUGGAAGGGUGAAAUUCAAAAGGGAAGGCAUUGAUUUUUCUGUCUAACUCCAAUCAGUCAUGAUGUUAAUCAAAUGAAACUCUUUUGAAUGUGAUCUUGACCUGAUGGCUGCCUGUUUUUGCUUGUAGAUCAUAAUACUGAAAAUAUUGAAGACUUUAGGUAGUAUAAAAAUCAGCAGUGGUUUGGCAUGUUCUUUGUUAAAUUAAUUCAUACCCUAAUGGAAUUCAAGUUUCCUCCUUAUUGUUAAUUUAAAGUGGUAGUAAAACUUUCAAGGAGUAAUUAUUGCUCCAUAGAUCACAUUAGAAAUCCUCCCAAGCUCUCAAAAGUUAACAGCCAUUUGUUUCACUCUUAUUUUAUCCAUCAACAUAGACAAUGUGUCAGAUCCUGUCCUCACUGAAAUCAGGAAGAGAGCUUGAUUUCAGUAGUAAUAUAACUGGACUCCAAACUUACACAUUUUAAGUAUCUGUGUCUAUAUUCAGACUCACUGUACAAUUUAUAUCUGUCCAACUCUUAGUGAAGAAAUACAUAAGCUGAAUGUUGUUGUUUUUUUAAGUUUGUAUUUGUGUGUGACACCAAAUAGUCCUAAGUGUAUAUGUGGUUUCACUUUUCCAGUGUGUUUUCUUUAUGAAUUAGGUUACUGUUGACAAAAUGUAUGUAUAAAGAAUGUGUCAGGAGUUGUGGCAGAUCAAGUCAGUAUUCACUCCAGAUUCAGCUUUUGUACACUGUCCUGUUGAAGCCCCUAGGAAUAAAUGGGAGUAGGCAUUGAACUUGUGUAAUGGAAGGUCUGAUUCUACAAGUGUGAUACAAACCCCAAAGGAAAGGAGAGUUGGGGGUUUUCGUUGCUAUUUUCAAAGGUGGGGCCAGACAGAUCAGAAGAUAGCACACCCAUAUUUCUUAGGCCAUUCUUAGGGUGUGUUCACGCACACGUUGCUGUGUCUAAAGUUCAUCAAAAAUAUAUUGAUUAAAAUGAAAAUAAAAUAAAAUAAAUGUCUGCUGGCAUGGCUCUGUAGGUUAGGGGUGUGGUGAGGAGUGGUCUCUAAAGACACUGACAGACGUGCAGGUCCCCGCUCUAACUCAUGGCACUUUACAUAAAGCUACUGCUGGCUUUCCCCUCCCCCCCCCCCCCCCUCCGCCCACCCCCCGGCCUCCCUGCGGACACCCCCGGGGCUGGAGCUGGGCUACAUCAGCCCAGCCCUGACUGUAUGUCAAAUUAACCCUAGGGAGCACAAGUUCCAUAAGGUGCUCUAAAGUAGAGCAGUUCAUCUGAUGCCGCAUUUGAGGAGGGUUUAUUUUUCACGCAAUCGGCCACUUUAAAAGCUCUCUGCAGCUGUGCACAUGUCACAGCAUGGCUAUAGAGUGCUUUCAGGGGGAUGCUUCCACGAAAAAUAUAACUUCUGUCUGCACCCAAAUACAUCUGUGCUGGCUAAAGCACCUAUAUGUAGUUAAGUUUGCAGAACUGCUUUUGCCAACCUAAGUUGUACCCAGCCUCUGAGUGUUUACUGGCAUAGCUAUAAGUAUACAUCAUAAAUCCAUCCUACAUGACUAAAUCACUGUAUCAUGCAAACAACAAAUUGUUCAAGCUUCUUAAUUCUAAUAUUAAAAUAUAUUAAUAAAAAUUGACAAUGCUUAAUGCUGCCUUAGGAGAGUUCACAUGGUAGAAUUCCAGGAGGAAUUGAAACAUCAGUGGUUUGAAAAUCUCUUCAUCUCUUUACUGUUACUCAUCUGCUGUUCCUUGAAGAGAAUCGUAUCUGUCUUUCUCUUAUCAGAAAAACUUACAAGCUACUUCCUUAGUCCCUUUCACUGUAAAAAGGAAGCGCAACCAAGAAAGCAUUAGCACAUCAGCCACAAAUUAAUUUUCUUAUAAACAAAAAUGGAUUGAAUCGGUGCGACCUCACUGUUUUCUUAACAGAUCAAAUGGCAAGUUGCUAGUCACAAUGUUCUUUGACUCGGUAUUUUCAGUGUAGUUCUCACAGGUGUGGGGCUGGACAAGAAUUGUUAUAGAAAUAGCACAUUCUCGUACAGCCAAAAACAAAAUACUGAAUCUGAAAACACUCACAUACUGCGGAUUGAUCUAUGCCGAGCUCAAAACAUGUUUUUAGGGUUCUUGCUUGACUGCAAACUAGACAAAGCCCUAUGAAUUAUUCUUCUCUCGUGGACAAGGCAAACCAAAGGAGUCAGUGGCAUAUCGAACAUAUCUUUUGUUCUUUUCUAGUCCAUGGGUUUCCUGUUACAGAUUUGAUGAAACACAAGAUGUUACAAUUUUAAUGAGAGCUAUUUACCCUUCCUCGGACCUGUUCCAUGCUUUCUCCUUUUCUUUCUGCCCCAAUGCUCUCCUAGUCUAAAUACUUUUCAGUGAAUAGAAAGACUGAACUUUAGAAUUUGGGAUGGGCCAACCCUGGAUUAAUAUUCACAGUUUAGGUAGUGAUUUAUGUAAAUCCUGCGCAUGGCAGUGAGAGAACAGAGAAUGUGUUCCUUUGCAGAUUUAGUUCUGAAGUGUCACUGCUAUCUUACGUGUGCAGAGUUUUAAAAUAUAUUGAAGGUUAUAAUGGUUUGGUUAUAGCAAAAUCGGCAGUAGCCAGAAGGUUUUAAAAGUUGUUAUAAUCUUUUUAAUUAAGCAAUAGGAUGUGAUUAGAUGCCAUUCCAACACUGUUGUGGAAAGUGACCUUGGAUGAUUACUUUCAACCAUUCAAGAAAUUCAGUAGUUGCCCUGUAAUUGAGUGUAAUUUUGCUAAUAGGAAUUGAAUUUUAUUUCUAAAAUAAGGGAAACUAAUAAAAGCAUAUGUGUAGGUUAGAUAGCAGUCCAUUAGAUCAAAGAAUUUUGAAACCAUUUCAUAAAAUUCAAACUUUACCCAUGUUUGCUGUAAUAUGUGUUUCCUGUGAUCUUUUAUAGUCAGUCUGAAGUUGCUGUAAGCACUUGUUCUUACUGGUAAAUAAGUAUGAGUAACGUAAUUUGUAGGUUACCUACAACCUAAACCAAAGUGCACUUGUCAAAGUAUGAAUGCAGGUUGCAGCCUUUUUAUUAUAUGGUGACAUGCAGCAUUCAGUGAUUUCAUAAUAGGUUCCCCAGUUAUUAACAUGGAUUAGCAAAAUUCUAAUAUAAUGAAUUAUAAUAUAUGACUUCUGUUCAAAACGUAUUUUUAAACCAUUCCAAUGAUUGUCUGGCUGGUCUGUGCAUGUCAUUUAACACAACAAAUGAGUCUGUAUAAAGUUCCUUGAUUUAACUAAACAACCACACAAGGCUUAAUGAGUGUAAGUAAUGAUUAAUGGUAUUUGCUUCAUUCAAAUUGUCUUUUGAAGAAAAUUAUAGGAAGUUAAAUAAGGUACAGGCUGGUACAUUGUGUUCUCAGCAUUGGCUUAAGAUAAGGAGUCCUUUGAGUCUUAUUCUCUUCUGCAGUUGGCCUUGAGAUAGUCCUUUACACUAUUCCACAGUAAUGCUCAGGUGUAAAUGACUGUGCAAAAACUGAGAUGGAGAACAUUUGGCUCUGUGCAUAAAUGGUCCUUACCUCGUAUGUGAAUAUAAGGACUAAUUGCAACUGAAAUAUUUAUAGUGCACAUGAAGAUAAUUUAGAGGCCAGAACUGAGUAAGGCUUUACCUUCUGCAAACAAUGGAUGAUUCCCUUGAAGCCCUGAAAGCCUGGCUUUUCCAUAUAACUGUAUUUAAAUCUAAGACAACUUUUGAAUUUCAAACAACCUCCCAAUAAUUAAAUUCUAGACAUAGGAAAAGUAUGCAGUAGUUAUAAAUCUCCAUGUAGAAAAUCUUAUUCAAGGAUCAUCUUAAAUUUUCCCCCCUCACCACUGCCAUGGGGAAAGUGUUAGCAGGGAGGAGUCAGAAGAUUCUGGCACCUGCCCUCCGCCCCUCCCACCCCCCCUUGGUGUCUGUGCUUCCACCAUGUACACCAUGCCCCAGGCCAGAGAGGGGCAGAAGCCAGAGGAAUGACUGAGGGUAAGCAGUGGUGAGGGAGAAGGUGGCAGCAGCUGCAGCUUUGACUCUGACCCAGAGGCCAGAUCAGAGCUAGAGCCAUAGCUGACCAAAUCCUCUGCCUUUUACUCAAAUCCAAGAUGGGGGACUUUUUACCCCAUGUUGAAUGGGGGGGGUCCCCUAUCUUGGAUUCAAGUAAAUACAAUAUCAUGUAAUAGUCUUUGAAACUAUUGCAUCUUCAAGGAACCCCAGAGGAGUAUUGCAUCUUCAAGGCAUAAUUUAAAACCUUUUUGCCUGCAAAGAUUUGGCUUUGUGACUUUUAUUUAAUUGGGCUGCAAACAUUUUGCUUUAUUUCAUACCAUUUUGCUGCUUAGAAAGUAUAUCGGAAAGCACUCUGAACACAAAGUACUGUCCUCUUAUGAAAUAUAAUUUAGUAACCUUAUCUAUGAACUGUACUUGAAUUGAAAAAAAAAAUUUAAAGUAGGUUUGGACAUGCACUAUAUUUUAAACUCCAAACCCAGGGUGAAUUUAGCUCUAAAAUGUCUUUUCUACAUGCAAUAUAGGUAAACUAUUUAGUGUAGCUUAUGUUAAACAUUUUAAAUAAAUGUGAGAGUACAUUUUGUUCAUUUAAAUUGAAGGGAAAAUAUAUCUGGAGAGGAGUGAACUUAAGAAAAUGUUGUAUGUAUCUGAAACUAUUCAGUUUUUACAGUUGAGUCUAUAUUUGUUGAUAUUAAUCAUGAAUCAUUGCUAUUGAACACCUGAACCGGAAUAAACAAUGCAAAUUUUCCUUGUAAAUGGGAGUUGGCAAUAAAGAAGGUGUU